CGGCCGCUCCACGUAGCCCGGCGCGGAGCGGGCUAGAACACAGGGACCUCGGCCCGCGGCUGUCGUAAGCCCAAGACGGGCCCUUGGGUCCCAGGACUCCCGUGGAGCUAUGGCGGGCCCUGGCCCGGGAGACCAGGACGAACACUACGAUUUCCUGUUCAAGCUGGUGUUAGUGGGCGACGCGAGCGUGGGCAAGACGUGCGUGGUGCAGCGCUUCAAGACCGGCGCCUUCUCCGCGCGUCAGGGCAGCACCAUCGGUGUCGACUUCACCAUGAAGACGCUGGAGAUCCAGGGCAAGCGGGUCAAGCUCCAGAUUUGGGACACAGCCGGCCAGGAGCGGUUCCGGACCAUCACCCAGAGCUACUACCGAAGUGCCAAUGGGGCUAUCCUCGCGUACGACAUCAGCAAGAGGAGCACCUUCUUGUCGGUGCCUCACUGGAUUGAGGAUGUGAGGAAGUACGCGGGCUCCAACAUCGUGCAGCUGCUGAUCGGGAACAAGUCAGACCUUGCUGAUCUCCGGGAGGUCCCGCUGGCGGAGGCGCAGAGCCUGGCUGAGCACUAUGACAUCCUCUGUGCCAUCGAGACCUCUGCCAAGGACUCCAGCAAUGUGGAGGAGGCCUUCACCAGAGUGGCCACUGAACUCAUCAUGAGGCAUGGAGGCCCCAUGUUCAGUGAGAAGAACACUGACCACAUUCAGCUGGACAGCAAGGACAUUGCGGAGAGCUGGGGCUGUGGAUGCUGACUGGGGGGGCAGGGCAGGCCGGCUAAGACCUCCCCUCCUCCUUUGUCUGCAGCCUGUCAAGACCCACCCCUCAGAGUCAGCCCUCCAGGGCACUGGCUUCUCUAGAGGGAUUCUGCACCCCUAGCCUGGAUGCUGGGUAGGAAGGGAAAUGCAGGGAGUGUAUCCUGUGCAGAAGGCUAUUGGCCCAGGGCCGAAUGUGGACCAUCCCACAAGCCAGCAUCUGCUGCCUCCGUGUUUGUCACAUUCCAGGGCUAGCCUGAGCCUUCCAGCAGACUGUGGUGGGAAAUGGGCUGGCUGCGGGGCCCAGCCCUGCGUGCUGGUUUUGACCUUCUCCUGCCUUGACUGCCGCAGGCUGCUGCUCUCCAGGGAUGUGGCUGGUACCCCAGGUUCUUUCUUCCAGGUCAUUCUCCUGCCUCUUACCAAAGCAUAAAAAGCACAUCAAUUAGA